AUGGCUGCCCGUACUUCGCACCGCAGCAGUAUAAACCCUACGUACUACCGCGGAGAAGCAAAACCCCGGCCACCGUACGCAGUCCCACGUACUAGGAAGCAGCCGGCUACUCGGCAACUACGACAGCCCAGAUCCGCCACUCGGACGGAUUGUGCAGCUUUCCUCGAUCUGGGCACGGGUUCCGCAUUCGUCGUCAUUAUUAUUAGGUACUCGACGGAGCACGGUCAUUCUCUCUCGUCCUCGCUCUCAUCCUCAUCCUCAUCCUCCCCAUCUCUCCAUCCCUGCUCUAUCAACACCAACCUGAAUCGCAUCGGCCCUGCCCUACUCCCUCCCCCUACAUCCUCCGGGCGUGCUGUCGUAUUGAGCGAGACCGAGUCGCCAUCACCACCGGUUUGGGGGUCCCUCUACAGUAUUUUAAUAUUCCCACUACAACCAACCACUAUCACCCCUCGGGAAUCGCUUUUGGCCGGACCCGCUGGAAAUAUCGCUGCCCCGUUCGGCGUAGCGCCGCCCUCGACGAUCCAGCGGCAACAGCGGCGCCAAGUUCAACGACGAGCAGGCAGCCCGAGUCCCCAAGUGACCCAAGUAAUCCAAGGUGGUGCAGUACUCACUACGCGCUACUCGAGUGCUCUGCUCGACUCUCCUCCGGUCUCUGGUCUCUGCAAUCUGCACUGCACUCUGCACCCUGCACCCCCCCCGACAGGGACAGGCUCCCCACAUCGAAACCGUAGCAGUGGUGGAACUUGCACUGCGGCCCUCGUCAACCAGGCCAAGAGGCGCUCAUCCCCCCCUUCAAAUCCCGCCCAGCUCCCCCAAGUCCCCACAACCACGACCGCAAACCACCAACCUUUCCUUCCAGUCUCCCCGUGGAAAGCUGGGCAAACCAACAUAUCUUUGGUCAACAAUCGCUAUUUAUGCCCUCCAUCCUCCCCCCGCCCAAAUGUCGCCGUAAAGGAGCGUUUACAAGACUCCGCCGAACGCUGGAUAUAA